AGAGUUAAAACUCAGAAUACUUCCGACAAUGCUUCAGCUCAAAUUGCUCAGUUUGACACUUCUGCUGAAAAUUCCUCCUACAGAGGUAGAGGUCGUGGAGGUUUUAACAGAGGCAGAGGUGGUCGUUCAGGUGGUAGAAGCUCAGUAACUUGUCAAGUUUGUGGCAAAAAUGGUCACAGUGCAAUUGUAUGUUACCACAGAUACAAUCCAGCCUAUACCAUCUCUAAUCCUCAUCCUUCUACUAUACAUCAGCCUCAAAAUCCUUGCUCAAACCAGCCUUACCAACCUCAACAGACUCCUUUUUCAGCACCAAGUCCAUAUCCAAAUCAAUACCAAUACCAAUCAUCUCCUCCAGUCACAGCAAGAUAUUCACCUAAUCCAACUCAUCCAUCACAAUUCAGUACAGUACAACCAGCUUAUCCAUCUUAUACUCCAUCACCUAACCAUCCUUCCCAAUUCAACUCAUCACCUACUGUGCCAACUGCAGCCUGGGCUUCUGCAAAUUCCUCUAUACUUGGACCAGCUCCAAAUACUCAAAACUGGUUCCCAGACUCUAGAGCUACACAUCAUGUCACUGCUGAUCCUCUCAACCUUCAACACAGUGAGCCCAUUGCUACUACUGAUAAGCUUUUUAUGGGCAACGGUCAAGGUUUCUAAACAAAUUCUGCUAUAUGGCAUUCUUGGUGAAGAUGGUCUUUACAAGUUCCAG